UUGUGUGCGACGUUUCCAUUUUAAUUUCCUUUGGUCUGUGUUGUGUGCUACGUAUUGAUUUACUGUGUAUUUUUCUUUGCAAAAUAUAAAUGCAUGAAGGGCUCUAAAAUUCUCUUUUUUAAGUGAUCAUGUCUGACUCGGAGGGUAGUAAUUAUUCCGGGAAUGCGUCGGAUGCAGGCAGCGUGGUGUCGAAUCGGUCACGGAGGAGCGUCGCGUCGAAUCAUUCAGCCAGGUCGCGCUCGAGUUCCAGAUCUCGUUCACGCUCCGGCAGCCGCAGCCGCAGUCCGUCGCGGAGCCCUACGCGGUCACGAUCCAAGUCCAGAUCGCACUCCCGAUCUCGUUCAAGGAGCCGCUCAGUUGGAUCUGAUGGAAGUCAUAAUGAAGCAAAGGAAGCUUCUGGUGAUGAAGAUGUGGAGGAUGAACAAGAACCAGAAGGAGAGGAUCUAGUGGAUUCUGAAGAAUAUGAUGAGGAUGAAGAUGAGGCAAGACAAAGAAAAAAACGGAAGAAGGACAAUCGCUAUGGAGGUUUCAUUAUUGAUGAAGCUGAGGUUGACGAUGAAGUCGAUGAAGAUGAUGAAUGGGAAGAGGGUGCACAAGAGAUGGGCAUUGUUGGAAAUGAAGUGGAUGAAAUUGGACCCACUGCCCGAGAAAUUGAGGGUCGACGCAGAGGUACUAAUCUCUGGGAUUCACAGAAAGAGGAAGAAAUUGAAGAGUAUCUCAGAAAUAAAUAUGCCGAUGAAACAGCAGCACACAGGCACUUUGGUGAAGGUGGCGAAGAAAUGUCUGAUGAAAUCACACAACAGACUCUGUUGCCAGGAAUCAAAGAUCCCAAUUUGUGGAUGGUAAAAUGUCGUAUUGGUGAGGAAAAGGCAACAGUACUACUCCUCAUGAGAAAAUUUAUUGCAUACCAGGACUCUGAGGAACCCUUUCAAAUUAAAUCUGUGGUUGCUCCAGAAGGAGUGAAAGGUUAUAUUUACAUAGAGGCAUAUAAACAGACACACGUCAAAGCCAUCAUCAAUAAAGUAGGAACUUUACAGAUGGGUAUCUGGAAACAAGACAUGGUACCUAUCAAAGAAAUGACUGACGUUUUACGUGUCGUAAAAGAGCAGUCAGGCUUGAAACCGAAACAGUGGGUGAGAUUAAAAAGAGGUCUCUAUAAAGAUGACAUAGCUCAAGUGGACUAUGUUGAUCUGGCACAAAAUCAGGUGCACUUGAAGCUGCUUCCCAGAAUAGACUAUACCAGGCUUAGAGGAGCCUUAAGAACUGUACAGAGUGAAAGCGAAGCCGCUAAAAGGAAGAAAAAGAGGCGUCCAGCGGCUAAACCCUUUGACCCAGAAGCUAUUCGCGCCAUCGGUGGUGAAGUGACUUCUGAUGGUGACUUUUUGAUAUUUGAAGGUAACAGAUAUUCAAGAAAAGGAUUCUUGUAUAAGAAUUUUACAAUGUCUGCCAUUUUAGCUGAAGGUGUUAAGCCUACUUUGACUGAGUUAGAAAGAUUUGAAGAACAACCAGAGGGUAUCGAUAUAGAAUUAGUCGCACCUGCCAAAGACGACCCAACUAGUUUGCACUCAUUCUCUAUGGGUGAUAAUGUAGAAGUAUGUUCUGGUGAUUUGGCCAACUUGCAGGCGAGAAUCAUCGCUAUCGACGGAUCGAUGAUCACGGUAAUGCCGAAACACGACGCUUUAAAGGAUCCUCUCGUCUUUAAACCUAACGAGUUGAGGAAGUACUUCAAGCAGGGCGAUCACGUGAAAGUGUUGGCGGGUCGGUACGAAGGAGACACCGGCUUGAUCGUUCGCGUAGAACCACAUCGCGUAGUCUUGGUGUCCGAUCUCACCAUGCACGAGCUGGAGGUGCUACCGCGCGAUCUGCAACUGUGCUCCGACAUGGCCACCGGCGUCGACUCCCUCGGCCAGUUCCAGUGGGGCGACAUGGUGCAGCUGGACCCGCAGACCGUGGGUGUCAUAGUCCGGCUCGAGAAGGAGAACUUCCACGUGCUCGGCAUGCAGGGCAAGGUCAUCGAGUGCAAGCCGCAGGCGCUGCAGAAGCGUCGCGAGAACCGGUUCACGAUGGCGCUCGACUCCGAGCAGAAUACGAUCCAGAAGCGCGACAUCGUCAAGGUGAUCGACGGCCCGCACGCCGGCCGCAACGGCGAGAUCAAGCACCUCUACAGGAACUUCGCGUUCCUGCAGUCGCGCAUGUACCUCGACAACGGCGGCGUGUUCGUGUGCAAGACGCGGCACCUGCAGCUCGCCGGCGGCAACAAGAGCGCGGCCGGGAACCCCUCCCCGGGCUUCAUGUCGCCGCGCAUACAGUCGCCCGCCCACCCCUCCCACCCCGCCCACCCCGCCGGCCGCGCCGGGCCGGGGCGCGGCCGGGGGCGCGGCGGGGCGCGGGGGCCCGCGCGCGACCGCGACCUCAUCGGGCAGACCAUCAAGAUCACCGGCGGGCCCUACAAGGGCAACGUGGGCAUCGUCAAGGACGCCACCGGCAGCACGGCGCGCGUCGAGCUGCACUCCACGUGCCAGACGAUCUCGGUGGACCGCGGGCACAUCGCGGGGGCGGGCGGCGGCGCGGGGGCGGGCGCGGGGGCGGGGGCGCGGGCGGGGGCCGGCUCGUACGCGCGCACGCCCGCGCACACGCCCUCGUACCGGGACGCGGGCGCCAAGACGCCGAUGCACGGCUCGCAGACGCCCGUGUACGAGGCGGGCGCGCGCACGCCGCACUACGGCUCGGCCACGCCCUCGCACGAGGGCGGCCGCACGCCCGCGCACGGCGCCUGGGACCCGGCCGCCGCCGCCACGCCCGCGCGCGCGCCCGACUUCGACUACGGGCUCGACGACGCCGGCUACGAGCCGCCGCAGCCCUACCGCGCCGGGCCCUUCACGCCGCAGACGCCGGGCACCAUGUACGGCUCGGACCACACCUACAGCCCGUACCAGCCGAGCCCGAGCCCGUCCGGGUACCCGGCCGGCUACCUGGGCACGCCCAGCCCGGCCGGGUACUCGCCGCGCUCGCCGGCGGCGGCGGAGGAGGCGGCCGACUGGCCGUCGCCGGACGUGGAGGUGCGGCUGCGCGCGCACGAGGACGCGGCGCUGGCCGGGCAGGCGGGCGUGCUGCGCGGCGUGUCGGGCGGCAUGUGCGCCGUGUACGUGCCGCUCGAGGACCGCGUCGUCAACGUGCUGGCCGACCUGCUGGAGCCCGUCGUGCCGCAGAGCGGGGACAAGGUCAAGGUCAUCGCCGGCGAGGACCGCGAGGCCGUCGGACAGCUCAUCUCCAUCGAGAACCAGGAGGGCGUCGUCAAGUUCGGCACCGACGACAUCAAGAUCAUGCAGCUCAGGCAUCUCUGCAAGAUGAGCACCUCCUAAGAGGGUCGCACCUCCGCGCUGGAAUAGCGUUCCAUGCCUUAAUCAUGUAACCUCGUUUCCUAAACAAUAUAGCAAUGUAUAGUCCGGUCCGCACGAUGCCAUAAUAAAAAUCCCGUUUAGCAAAAUUAUACUAUUAAUAUAUCUUCUGAUUGUGACAAGUUUCCGAAUGAACGGUAGAUUAAAAGAAAGAUAACUAUGACUAUUCCUAAGUGCUUAAAUUAAGUUUAUUUAAAUAAAUUACUUUCUAUUCUAUUCUAUGUAAAAGGAGCUACUGCUAAAAUACCUUAUUCUUUUAUGCUAAGUUUCAAUCAAAAUUAUACAUAUUCUGUCCAAUAUUGACUCACAGAAAUCUUUUCGGGCUCUUUUUUUUGUUUUAUAUUCGUAUGUGUGUCGUGCGCCUGGAUAGGAAUUUGUAGAUAAGGUACCCUUCUGUAUCACAGCCGCAGUCGAGCAUCGUUCACGAUGUCACAUCGGUCACGAGUGUAAUUAACAUUAUACUAGUUUAAUGACAUUUCAAUUGAUAAUGCACUUAUACAUU